UGCCUCCUGCCUCCUUCCCUGCUGCCCACAGUGGCCUCACAGUCGGCUGUGCACCUCGCUGCUCACCUUGCUCCUCACACAGGGAACGUCAUGGAGACUUCCGUGUCCCCCUCCCCGCCUCAGGACAGCAGUCACGUCCACAGAGAAGCAGAAGACAGCGAGACGGAGCUCCACCGGCCAGACAGGAAGGCUGGGCUGCUUUCCCGGGAGCCGUGUAAGAGAGAGGAGUCCUCCUCCUCCUCCUCCUCUUCAUCCUCCUCUUCGUCCUCCUCUUCGUCCUCCUCCUCUUCUUCUUCUUCAGACAGCAGUGAUGAGGACCAGCACCCCAGAGUUCCUGGCCAGCGUGGACGGAGCCCGGGCACAGGACACCCCCGCGGGUGCGGCCCAUGCGGGGCCGAGCACGGGGCACCCUCCAUGGCGAAGGAUGCACUGCAGCUCUACGGAGAUGGCUCGGGAGAGGUGGUGCCAUCUGGGGAAGCAGGUCUCCGACAGAGAGAUGUGGGCUCUGAAGAAGGAGAGGCGGAGGAGCAGUUAAGGAGACUGAACAUAAAGAAGGAUGACGAGUUCUUCCACUUCGUGCUGCUGUGCUUCGGCAUCGGGGCCCUGUUGGUGAGCUACCACUACUACGCAGACUGGUUCAUGUCCCUGGGCGUCGGCCUGCUCACCUUCGCCUCGCUGGAGACCGUGGGCAUCUACUUCGGGCUGGUGUACCGGAUCCACAGCGUGCUGCGCGGCUUCCUCCCGCUCUUCCAGAAGAUCAGACAAUUGGGGUUUAGGAAGACGGACUGAGGCCUCUUCUGGGUGGCAGUUGCACCGGCCCAGGUUUGACCAUAGCCUCCCUGAGGCCACAAGGACAGUGACAUUUGGGUGACACCCGGGAGGCUGAGCCACGCAAUAAAGAUGCUCUUUCCCCUUCGUGUGGUGUGACCGUUGGCGGCAGCUGGGCAGGGUUCCCAUCUGGCAGCUCGGGCUCAAGGUCCUGCUGUCGAGACGAGGCAGGUAGGGCUGGGCCUGUGCACCUGGAGCAGCAGGAAGGGCUGAGGCCGCCAGCACCACCAGGGCCUGGAGCUGAGAUCUCUCUAGGCUCCUGGCUUCUUCCAAGUCCUCAGCCAUGCUGGAACCUCUCAGGUCCUACAGAGCCACACUGCGACAGAUGGGCCAUUGUCCUGACGCAGGCACCACAUGCCGGGUCCCCGAGGUGAACCCAACGUGGGUAACGCAUUGGACAUUAAAGCCAUACAUUUGAGAGUCUUCCUGCUGCCCUGCCGGCCAGCAACAUCCCUCUUGCCCAGGACUCCAUCAAGAUGCAAAUAAACACCCUCUCUCCAAUUCUGAA